AUGGGCUUUUAUAAUGUCAUCGCCUUUCGUCCCUGCCUGACCUGCCCUUCCCACUUCCCUGCCACCAACACCACUCCCUUGUCCCUGCCCUCCACUCCGGGUGGAGCUGAGCCUCUGCUGCCGCCACCCUCCCCUCCUCCACCACCCUCGCCUGUUUCCAAAGGGGCCUCCCACUCCCUCUCCCCAGUGCCCGCAGCACUCUCAGCUGCCCUUGUCCUUGUCACCUCCACCGCCCUGCUUGCUCUCACUCUCCUGUAG